AUGUCGACCCCAGCAGCAUUUGCAGACUCGCCAACGGCACAAUCCCAGCCUUCUCCUUACACAUACUACCCACCGGGAACCUUUCCUGAUGUAUCUCAGCCGCAGUCCUCUCAAACAGCUACUACGGCUCCAGGCUCAAGCUCCUCUACAACCGCAACAACUCAACCACAAUCCCGUCAGGCAGCCGAGGAGGCCCGCAAGGAUCGUACCCUAGCUGAAUUCCUUGUUAUGCUUGAUGAUUAUGAACCCCUGAUUCCCAAUGAAGUAACAGACUACUAUCUCCAGAGGGUAGGAUUUGAAUGCGAAGACGUGCGGCUAAAACGCCUGCUUUCCCUAGCCGCGCAGAAGUUCGUAUCCGAUAUUGCUGCCGAUGCCUACCAGCAUGCUCGUAUACGUACGAACGCCGUUGGUGGCCGCGCUCGGGGCCCCCUUACUGGACCAGGGUCAAAGGAUAAGACAAGGACCGCACUAACCAUGGAUGACUUGAGUGCCGCAUUGGCCGAGUACGGCAUUAAUGCUAAAAAACCAGAAUUUUAUCUGUGA